GCCCCAAACAGUUUCUUUCGAACUAUCAGCCUUUAUCCUUUUAUAGAACUUUGCUAGAACAAGGUCUCUAGGGUGUGCAAAGUACUCCUGUUAUAAUGGUGGGACAUGCUUGGACACGUGUCGCGGAGACAUGUUUUACUGUCAGUGCACAAACUUGUUUCGCGGUAAACAAUGUGAAAGGCUGAAAGCCCGCAACUGUAAGGAAUUGCAUGACCUUGGUGUAAAAUCGACUGGUGUUCAGCGAGUAGCUCCGGAUAAUCAAGUUUACUGCGAUCAAACUACGGAUGGUGGAGGAUGGCUUAUUGUGCAGAGACGUAACAGUCCAUUUGGCGUGUUAUUCUCUAAGAACUGGUCGGAUUAUGAAGCAGGCUUUGGAUCUCUGUUUGGUUCAUUCUGGAUUGGAAAUCAAGACUUGUCACGCCUAACAAAAAGCCCUGUGCAGCUGCGAAUAGAGCUGAAGGCAAGCACAGGCGCUCAGGGUUACGCUGUUUAUGGGAACUUUUCAAUAUCUGGCUCAAGCGAUAAUUACCGCCUAAGCGUUGGGAAGUACGUGACAGGGACAAUUGGUAACGCAAUUCAUGGUGACACUAACAACGCUUUUGUAGAAGACGGAAUGCAAUUUUCAACUGGUGACAGAGACAAUGACGGCAAUGAUCUGGCAAACUGUGCCAUUGUUAGCAGCCUGUCUGGCUGGUGGCUCAACAACUGUGGUCGCGCUAAUUUGAAUUCUAAUCCGCCACAGUGGGAUGAGUGGAAAUUUCACGACACUUCAAUCAACUAUACUGAGAUGAAGAUCCGUCCUAUGAAAUAACAAGUCGUUGACAUGGAUAUUUCUUUCUUUGUUUAAACGAAACAAAUUUGUAAAAAAGACAAUUUCCCUUUUCGGCUACAUUAUCCAGGGACCGAUAGAGAUAGCUAUAGCUUCAAUCUGAAACGAAGCCAUCUACCAUGGACGGUUCUGAAAUGUUAAGACUCACCUUACUAACCAUUCACCUUGUUUCCUUGAAGCAAGAUGCCAAACUUGAAAAAUGAUGAAUCCUACCAACAUGUUUAGGCGAAUUCAAGUUGACAGUUACGCGGAGGUGGAACGACUCUACAAUGCUCCUUACCUGCGGUGACGCCAUGUCAAUAUUGCACAUGAAGGAUUGUUUGAUCAAUACAUACAUACAUAUACUUUAUUUAACCUCGAAUUUGGAGUAGCUAAACGAUAAGCUAGUAUUU